UGGCGUCACGCGGCGCGCCGGGGCGGGCCGGGCGCCAUGAGCGGGGCAAGCCCCGCGUCCCCCGGCCGGAGCGGGUCUGCCCUGCAGCUGCCCUUACCCCUGUCUCUGUCGCUGAGUGGCGACAGGAAGCGGGAGGUGCCGGCGGCGGGCACCUUGCUUCAGCCCAUCAUCAAGGAUGUUGGGGAAAUCUAUUCAAGACUCCUGGAUCACAGACCUGUAAUUCAAGGAGAAAUACGUUACUUUGUUAAAGAAUUUGAAGAGAAACGUGGCCUCCGAGAACUACGAGUACUUGAAAACCUAAAGAAAACCAUCUUUGAAACAAAUGAAAACAUUCUUCCUAAGUGUGAGCAGUCAAUGCAUGACAGUCUCAAUGAAGUAUUCCAGAGAUUGCAAGCUGCCAAUGAUAUGAUCCACAAAGUACAAGAGAAGGAGCAUGAACAGAGGAAGAUUCAGGCUGACAAGCUCAUAGCUGCUGAAGAGAAGCGCGUCGCUCAGCGGGAGACGUUCCUGAAAGAACAACAGAACAAGAGAGAAGAGGUGGAUGAAGAGCACAGAAAAGCCACGGAGCGCCUCAGAGAGCAGUAUUCUGAGAUGGAGAAGGAACUGGCCAAAUAUGUUUCUUUCUAAGACCUUUCUGUUCUUGUAUUGCUGGUUUUGUGCCAAUAUUCAAUUGCUUCUGAAUUAAGUCGAGAUUCUUUCUGAAAGCUGAACCAAGUAAGAUAAAAGGAGAAUCUCCUCCACAUGUUUGGUAUGGGAAGAAAAGUUUUGCAUACUUUCAACUUAAGUGCCUAUCUUUGUUAAGGGCAAGUGGAAUGCCAGUGUUUGGAAGGUGGAACUGGAAAUUACAUUGUGUGACUACAUCAGCUCAGGGAGUUGCAGAUUGGAAUUCUCUUCAAUUUGCAUAGUAUAUCAUAUCAUUUGGGAAAAUAGAGCCUAAUGUCAUGUUAACUAUACUGCUGUGCUGCCACAGCCCUUUCCCAAAAAGUAGGUGUAGUAGGUUCCGUCCAUAGUUAGUUGAGAAUUCACUGGGAAAACUGUAAGUUCUUUUUAUAAAUUUCAGGAAAACCAACUUGUUUUAAAGUAUAGAGUUUGAAAUUUCAGUGGUGAAAAAUCUCAGCACAGUUCUAAAUCCAGCUACAAUUCCAACUCAUGUUUUCUGUGGUCAUUAUUUUGAAGUAGAAUGAGAUUUAAAUGUUUUUUGCUAACGUAGAAAUGGUGAAUGAGCUUGAACAAGAAAUCUUCUGUCCCUGUAAGUAUUUCAGACCUCUUAUCAACUCUACCGUUCUAAGCAAAGCCAAAACAAGCUCAGUACUAAUCACAAGAAACAUAUCUUUGUAUUAGCUUUUUAGCUAAUACAGUAUCUACCUUAAAUAUUUGACAUGCUGUUCAUUUACUUAAGAUAAAAUUUUGAGAACUUUAUAAAGCAAUUGAGAAAAGAUUUUUUGUGUGUUUUUCUGCCUAGCAAACAUGAGCAGGUUAUUGGUAAAAUGCUUGUAGUCCUGAUCUUUCUCCUUACUAACCUUUAUUCAUAAGGAGCAUGUGAAGCUCCUUCACUGCUUUGCUUUAUUUAAAACUUGCAUUUAACAGCAGUGUAACUGAAGAAGUUAACAUAAUCAGUUCAUUAACUAAGCAAAAUGAGACAUAGUACUUUAAUGAAAUUUGCUGCAAGCUAACCGGUAAUACAGGAAAUAUCUUUCCGUAAUUUAACUGGUGUCCAAUAUAGAAUGGAAAUAGGUAAAAAUAAACAGAAUUUACCCUUUACCUGUAUUGCAAUAGUAAUAUGCCAACAACGGUUGCUUGUCUAAUUUUAUGGCUCGGUGUCAAGACUCCAGUCCUGGCAGCACAUUGAUAGCGUGAUUAAAGUUAGCAGAGGAGAUGGAAUAAGUAUUUGAGAUUUCUUUCAAUAACACUGAAUUCCUGCCAAGCAGCUCUGCCCACUACUGUAGGCACGACAGAUUCAUCAAUCAUCAUCGUGCGUCUGGACUGAAGAGAGAACUUGUCGACAGUGGGGUGUGCUGGAAUGUUGUUAAUUCUCUGUUGUGGAUGGGAAAAACACAGAUGUCUCGCAGGUAUCUCCCACCUGAAAAACAGAGAGGUUUCCUUAAGAACAACCCCUCUUUGAACAGAAAGUGAUCUCUGUGAUAUUUCUCAGCUUAUGCACCUGCUUAUGAUUGUUAUAACUAAGCUCUUCUAUUUAAAAAUCCCCUGCCUGUCUUUAGAAUUGGGUGCGGAAUCGUUUUUCUUUGUUCUAAGGACAAUCUCAAAAAGGCUUCUCUCUUACCAGAUUCCUUAACUGUGCUCAAAGCCCAAAUAUCUUUAUAACAAAAUGCAUUUAAUUGUAUACUGAAUUCAUUUUAUUUUUGCACUGAUGGUUUUUAUUACGACUUCAAUACCUAAUUAACUGCACUGGAGCUGUACCUUUUAGUACUUUGUCAAUUUGAGGGCUCUUAAGCAAUGAUACAAGUUGCAAGUUGAAUGUCCACUGGAAAAUAAAGAAGUAUUUCCAAAAA